AUGCUGUCUCAAUCGCCCCGUAGCGCGGGCAUGUCUGUCUACGCCCUCAUGCAACCGCAGUCAUCCGACGAUUCGCCUGAGUUCUUCAGACAACUCAUUGAAAGGCGCUUCGAGCUUGCCCUGGCUACUCUCCCAACGCGACAGGAGCACACCGACGCCGGUCUUGUCGCAGAUCUCGGUGACAUCAUUAUUCAUCUAUUGUCCAUGGUGUCGCAAAUUGCCGAUGAGAUUGUCGACGACCGGCGAAUUAAACAAAGAGCGUACGGCGCCAUGGUCGAAGAUAGGACGGCGAGAAGAUACACCCUCGCCAUGAGCUUGCAAGACGUCGACGCGUCUCAUCGGAUCUUGAAAGAUAUGCAAUCUACUUUGAAAAGUACCGUCGACGGCUUCAGCCAGGCGUGGCAAAGACCACCCGUACUCCACCCUUCGGCUGGCCACGCCCGACCCGUGUCCAUGUCCGUGUCCGUCUCGGAGCACAUUCCCAGCCCCAGUUCAACCUUCUCAAGGUCCAGCGGCGGCCAGUCGGUCCAUGACCCGUCACGGGAUCCCAGGCUCGAGGGCCACCAACCAGUACUGGCCGAGCCUGCGAGGAUCGACAAACCCUCGCCGGCAUCUGAUCAAAAUUACUCGCGCCCUUCAGAAAGGUCUGAGUCAGGUGCAGACAACGACGCCCUCGCAGACCCGGACAUGGAUGCCCUUCGAAAUAGGGGCAAGGGCACCUACACCUGUAAAUACGGCAUGAGCUGCACCAAAGGUGGAGUGGAUAUGCAUGGCCAGUUAGUUAUUUUUGAGCGCAACUGCAUGUUUCGACAACACAUGGACAAACAUAAAAAGCCAUAUAAAUGUAUGAAGCCCGGCUGCCCUAACAAGGACGGGUUUGCCAGGAAGGACCAGCUUGAGCGACACAUGCAGAAUGUCAAGCACGAUGUUCCAUGA